AUGCUCGGCGCUGGUUUCGUCACGAGACCUACGCUCGAUAUCCUGAGUGAGGCGGGUAUCCCCGUGACUGUUGCUUGCAGAACCCUCGAAUCUGCAAAGUCGCUGUCGGCCGGUGUCAAGAAUGCCACGCCCAUCUCCCUCGACGUGACCAACGACCAAGCCCUCGACGCCGAGGUGGCCAAGCACGACCUGGUCAUUAGCUUGAUCCCGUACACCUUUCACGCCACCGUCAUCAAGUCGGCCAUUCGCCAAAAGAAGCAUGUCGUCACCACCAGCUACGUCUCUCCCGCCAUGAUGGAGCUUGACCAGCAGUGCAAGGACGCUGGCAUCACCGUCAUGAACGAGAUUGGUCUUGACCCCGGUCUGGACCACUUGUACGCUGUCAAGACCAUUGACGAGGUCCACAAGGCCGGCGGCAAGAUCCUCAGCUUCCUCAGCUACUGCGGUGGUCUGCCUGCUCCCGAGGCUUCGGACAACCCUCUGGGCUACAAGUUCUCCUGGUCGCCCCGUGGUGUCCUGUUGGCAUUGAGAAACGCUGCCAAGUACUGGAAGGACGGCAAGGUUGUCGAGGUUGCCGGUCCAGAGUUGAUGGCUACUGCCAAGCCCUACUUUAUCUACCCCGGCUACGCCUUUGUCGCCUACCCCAACAGAGACUCGACUCCCUACAAGGAGCGAUACGACAUUCCCGAGGCCGAGACCAUUAUCCGUGGUACUCUGAGAUACCAGGGUUUCCCCGAGUUCAUCAAGACCCUCGUCGACAUUGGCUUCCUCGAGGACUCUGAGCGCGAUAUUCUCAAGCAGCCCGUUUCCUGGAAGGAGGCCACCCAGGCUAUUCUGGGUGUUUCGGCUUCCAGCCAGGCCGACCUCGAGGCUUCUCUGCUCUCCAAGGCCUCCUUUGCCUCGGCGGAGGAGAAGCAAAGAAUCCUGGGUGGACUUCGGUGGAUUGGCAUCUUUUCCGAUGAAAAGAUCAUCCCCCGCGGCAACCCGCUCGACACUCUGUGCGCCACCCUGGAAAAGAAGAUGCAGUUUGAGGAAAACGAGCGUGACUUUGUCAUGCUACAGCACCGCUUUGAAAUUGAGAACAAGGACGGCAGCCGCGAGACUAGAACCUCGACUCUCUGCGAGUACGGUGAGCCCAAGGGCUACUCUGCCAUGGCCAAGCUUGUCGGCGUGCCGUGCGCCGUCGCUGUUCAGCAGGUUUUGAACGGCACUCUUUCCGAAAAGGGUGUACUGGCUCCCAUGACCCCCAAGAUCAACGACCCCUUGAUGAAGGAGCUCAAGGAAAAGUACGGCAUCUACCUGGUUGAAAAGACCGUUUCGUAG